AUGGAGGCCAUCAAGAAGAAGAUGCAGAUGUUGAAGUUGGACAAGGAGAACGCCCUGGACAGGGCAGAGCAGGCAGAGGCUGAGCAGAAGCAGGCAGAGGAACGGAGCAAGCAGGUAACGUGGGUGCUGUCUGGGCAGUGGCUUCUCCCUGUGUUGGACCAUCCUGAGCCCCAAGACUCACCAGGAAUUUGGGGGAAAGGGAACCAGGGGGUGAGAGCUGCCACAGUCCCAGAGCUUGGGGACAGCCUGGAGGAUGAGCUGGCUGCCAUGCAGAAGAAGCUGAAGGGGACAGAGGAUGAGCUGGACAAAUAUUCUGAGGCCCUGAAAGAUGCCCAGGAGAAGCUGGAGCUGGCAGAGAAGAAGGCAGCAGAUGCUGAGGCAGAAGUGGCCUCUUUGAACCGCCGGAUCCAGCUGGUGGAGGAGGAAUUGGACCGAGCCCAGGAACGCCUUGCAACAGCUCUGCAGAAGCUGGAAGAGGCAGAGAAAGCUGCAGAUGAGAGUGAAAGAGGCAUGAAAGUCAUUGAAAACCGAGCUCUGAAGGAUGAGGAGAAGAUGGAACUGCAGGAAAUCCAGCUGAAGGAAGCCAAGCACAUUGCAGAGGAGGCAGAUAGGAAGUAUGAGGAGGUUGCUCGGAAGUUGGUGAUCAUCGAAGGGGAUCUGGAGAGGACUGAGGAGAGAGCUGAGCUGGCAGAGUCUAAAUGUUCCGAGCUGGAAGAAGAGCUGAAGAAUGUCACCAACAAUCUCAAGUCUCUUGAGGCUCAGGCUGAGAAGUAUUCCCAAAAAGAGGAUAAAUACGAAGAGGAGAUCAAGAUCCUGACUGACAAACUCAAAGAGGCUGAGACCAGGGCUGAGUUUGCUGAACGUUCCGUAGCCAAACUGGAGAAGACCAUUGAUGACUUGGAAGAUAAACUGAAAUCCACCAAAGAGGAGCAUCUCUGCACACAGAGGAUGCUGGAUCAGACCCUGCUGGACCUCAACGAGAUGUGAGG